UUAGCCAAUCAAAUCGACCUAUUAUGGCGAGGAAGGCAGGCAGAGACGGUUGAUAAAUAGAAUCUUUGAGGCAGGUCUGACUGCAGCUGGGCCUGCAAUGUUCUAAAAGAAUACCCGGAACCGUUCAUCACGAAUUUUGACGCUAUCUAUUUGACUUGAGGAACUUCGUGAGCAUCUUCUGUCAGUCAGACUGACAUUCACUGGAAAAGUACAUGUCACACUGGCAUGGCUUUGGUUAUAGCUAUGGACAGUAUAUUGACCGUUUUUGUUUAAAACAUAUAUAUUGAUAAGCCUUCUUUAAGCAAAAUUAUAUCAUGUAAAGUUACAGUGUCAACUGGACUACAUGUUAGCAAGAUGCACAUAAUGUCAGCUAGCUCUGCACGUAGCUGGUCAGUAGCCUAUGCAGGAAUUGGUGCAUGUUGUGGACGCCUGAAGGAGCCUAAAGCCCUGAUGAAGUUUGGCCUAAGUGUGGUGCUCAUAGGUCAUGUAAACUUCCUGUUGGCAGCAUUGGUCCAUGGUGCAGUGCUGCGGCACAUCAACCUGCACCCACAGGCGCGAGGAAUGGAGUAUGCCAUCUCUAAUGUUAUUGCCAUGGUUGCAGGACUAACGGGUGUCAUCAUUGGUAUAAUGGCCAUCGUAUUGUCAAAAAACAACUCUCGUCGAGCGCUUACGUGGGGAUUGUGGGCACUGAGCUUGGUCUCCGCUCUGCUGGCUGCAGCCUCAGCAGCUGGGUUGCUCUACUCCACAGUGAGGGCAAUUGUCAAUCGUGGCCGGAGCUUGCUGACUCAUUGCCGUUUCCCAGAUGUGAUCGGGUCCUACUCCUACAUCACAAAUGAGUGCCCUUUUGACCCUACCCGUAUAUAUAGCACCACUCUGAUCCUGUGGUUUCCUCUGAUUGUGAUGAGCGUGGUGCAACUCAUAUACUCCAGCUGGUGCCUCUCUGCCUGCUCAUCUUUCCUGGGCCUUUCCUGCUGCCUUAGACACAAGCCACCCCGAGAGAUAAACAGGCCUCAUGUCAGAGGUCACCACAAUGAAAAUCAGGCACGUCCUCCUGAGCAGCAUGAGCUCCUUGCACAAGCACAGCCACUGCCCCGUUCUCUCCAGUCUUCUUCACAGCCCAGCCGUGCCUCCCAGGUCAGCCGAGACAGCUUCUGGAUCUGAGGACUCCCACCACAGUACUCAUCAUGAUCAAAAGGGUUUCUGAUAUUAUGGAGUUGUGAUGUGCCCUAUUCAGUCACCUCAGCUGACAAAGCAUACAAAGCCAGGCCAGGUUAUUUUACUAAGUUUCAUUAACAGUUGUUCAAUUUGAAUGAUCUUUGUUUGAACUGUUUAAAGAAUAAAUUAUGGUAUAAAUGAAUAAGUGAGAAUUACAGGAAUGUUAGGUGUGUAAGUGAGAGAGAAUGAGCAUGAGUGGGUAGGUAGUAGGGAUGUUAACCGGUAGCCAUUUAACCGGUGGUUGACCGAAUCAACAUUGACCGGUUAAAAUUUUCUGCCGCCGGUUUAAAAAAAAAAAAAAAAAACUGCACU